CUUUAAUGACGUUCAACAUAAAAUCAAUUCAUAUAUAAGAGAAUUAUUUCAUGACCAACUUAUAUGUACAUGUAGUCUUCAGAUUGUUUGAGUUCUAUUGAGGCAGGUUCUCAUUAAGUCGUGCCAAAUGAUAGAAAUGACAAAAAAUAAGUUUUUUGUUUACAUAACACUAACAUUUGUUGGUGUACUAAUUGGAUUUUUGUUUGGAGGGAUAAAUAUUAUAAGUUCGACAUAUUCCAAGCCAUUUGGAAACCCUGGUGAUCCAGUUCCACUGAGGAAGGUGUCAGUCCCACGAUAUGGAAGUAAAAUUGGGAAUUCGAAAAUAAUCAUUCCGGCGUCGAAAGAUAACAGUUCGAAAAGAACAAUCCCGACUACGAAAGGAGAAUUUCAAAGUGCAGGGACAAUGACAGCACAAAACAUUACAAAAAUAAUUAUAUUAACCUACAGGCGGAGUGGCUCUAGUUUUUUUGCCGAGUUGUUCAAGCAGAAUCCAAAUAUCUUUUAUAUGUUCGAGCCUCUCAAGGCAGUCGUUGAACGUUAUGACAUUGAUACGCCAGUUGCUGGACCGGCAUUCUUAAAAGAAAUCAUGAAUUGUCGUUUCAGUGGUAACUCAUAUCUUUCGCAAGUAACAUCAAUGCAUGGUUGGAGAUGGCAAGCCAUCUUCCGGAAUGUGAAAAUACUAAAUGAUGUUCCUAAGGUAUGUGUGGAUAGCGACAUUGUUGCUUCAAAGAUUAUUCGUUUAGCAAAUAUUGGUCAAAUUGCUCCAUACUUUGGGAAGGAUACCGCUAUUCUCUUUUUGGCGAGGGACCCGAGGGGAAUCCUAAACUCUAGGAAUCAUGAGACUCGCAGUUACAAAAACCUGGCGUUGGAACUUAAGAAAAAAGAUAUGGAAUCUCUUUGCUACAAUAGCUUAACUAAUAUAAACUUUAUAAAGGAUUUGAAAGCCAAGAGGAAAGAGCUUGAUCUGAAACCGUUAAUCAAACAGGUAAUUUAUGAAGACUUUGCUUAUGAUACUCUAACUAACGCUCAAAAACUGUACAAGGCAUUGGACAUACCAUUCCACCAAUCAGUACGUUAUUGGAUAGGGAAAAACACGUCAACUUUUUCUGGAGGGACAUAUGGAACGAGUAGGAACUCUACUAGUAUCCCGACUAAAUGGAUGGUCCAGUUGAGCCCCGUGGAACUAAACAUGAUUCAAAAUAUAACAGACUGCAGAGAAGUGAUUCAAUCGCUUGGAUUUAAGAUUCAAUGAUCCCAAAGAAAAAAUAUGUAAUUACUAAGUUUUUUAUUUGUCUUUAAAUCCCACUUGGGUAGCAACACAAUAGAAUUUGCUGUGGUUUAUUUUUAAGAAUGUAUGGUUUUAUCAAAAGGAAAGUGCAUUAUUUUUCUAUUGUUUUUAAAGAAUGUACACUUGGCAAGCUAUCAAAAACAAGUGAGACAUAAAUGACCAUUGACAGUUUUUGAUAGUUUUCAUUCCCUAAAAACAAUAUACAAAAAUACAUGUACCCUUCUCUUGUUACUGUGCAUUCUUUAGAAUAAAACAAUUUAUCAAUUUUUGUUGUUAUCUACAUCAUUGAUCUUAUCUUACUUACAAAUAUUCUGCUGUAUUCAAAUGCAAUGUUCUGGACUGGACAGUCACCUAGUGCACUGAAGCUAGACUAAUUAUAGCCCACUCAGUCACUUACAUCAACUCACACUCAUGAGGUCAAUGCGACCAACUCUUUUUGUUGUUACAAUUAAUUGGCUAUAUAACUACAUGAACAGUCAACUCAAAAGAACUCACUCACUUACAUGUAUCAAACCACUUACCCCUACAUGAACAGUCAACACAAAAGAAAUAAAAUUUUCCAGAUUAGAUCAUUGACCAUUUACCUGCAAUAUACCAUUUACCUGUAAUAAGAAUGUGUGUGAUUUAAGUAAGAUAAAGCAUUCGAAUUCGAUUUGAUAAGAAAUAAUAACCUCAGGCCUUCGGUGUAUUAUUUCUUAUAAAAUCUCAUUCUUAUGCUUUAUCCAGUACUUAUUUUUCAAUGAAAGGCCUCGGUCAAGGUAUGCGACUCGAUUGGUUAGAUACAAAAAUACGGUUAUCCGUUCAUAUAUUUGGAUUUAUGUUGUGGCAAUGGAUCUAACUAGGUCAAAUCCAAUGUUUUCUCCUCUUUUCUGUGAUCUCGGCAAUACAAGGAUUACGGUAUUCAACCGACUUCAGAAAGUCAUUUCUUGUACAGUGUAAUUUUCUGCAUCAAGCAAGUAAGUUUACGUGUAGUCAAUCAAAAUCUAAGAUACGCAAAGGCCAACCAACACUCCAACAUAUUCUUCAGAAACAUUAUCUUGAUUUCCACCCUUUGGCCAACGUUGUUACAACGGCUUGCAAAAAUAAGACGCAUUUGAAAUAUGGUUGAUGUGCAUUCAGAAGUUUUAAGAUACAAAGGGCAUGAGCGAAUUUGUUUGAGCAGUCCAAACCCGAUUUUACAACAAUCUUAAUAACC